AAUUUUUUCUAUACAAUUAUCAUAAUAGGUCUUGCGUUUGCUGUCAAAUAAUAAUAAAAAAAAAAAGAACAAAAAAUGCGACGCAAAUGUCAGUAGGAGCAAAACAAAAGAUGUAAUGGGAAAUGGUGUGAUCCUCAAUGUUGAGAAGGAAAACAAAUUUCAUAUCAUAAAUAAAGAGAAUUGGAAGACAAAGGAAUUGUAAAAAAAUGCUUACCACGCACAUUGAAGAUAAGACUACUACAAAUAAAACACUGUCCAUAAACACAAAUAAUAGUAACGAUAAUGAACAAAGUAUAACUAGAGAAAUUGUAUGCCAAUGGCAAGUUGACGACGUUGUACAGUGGGCUACCAGAGACGGUCAAUUCACAUCAACAGUUAUUAGAUGCCUACAAUUAGAGGCUAUAGAUGGACAGGUGUUGCUGAAUUUAACCGAAGAUGAUAUACGAGACUUUCGAUUUCGUCUUAAUUAUGAUUUGCGUUUAGGAGAAAUGAAGAAACUCUGGCAAUUCAUACAUAAUCUACAGUCUUUUCAAGUAGAUCAACAACAGCAUCAUAGUCGAGCUCAUUACCGCUUCAACUCAUGCAGUGUUGGCUACAAUUGUUAUGGCAAUCGUAAUGCAUGUAAUUCACAUACGGAAACAUGCACUUUUAAUGAUUGGGAAAGUUGCUGCCCUGAAACUUCUUCCAUGUCGGAUGGCUGUGUUUGCCCAAUUCCACUAGAAUGCUUUAAAACCGUAAUCAGCUUAGCUUACUCUUUUCUUGUGACUUGGAUAACAUCAUUUGUGAUGGUAAUUGUUCAUGAACGUGUGCCUGAUAUGAAACGCUAUCCUCCUCUGCCAGAUAUAUUCCUUGAUAACGUGCCUCACAUACCCUGGGCUUUUCAUAUGUGCGAAAUAACAGGCACUUUGCUUUUUAUUAUUUGGAUUUGCGUGUGCAUCUUUCACAAAUACCGCAUGGUACUCUUAAGGCGUUUCUUUGCACUGGCGGGUACUGUUUUUCUAUUGCGCUGUGUUACAAUGUUAAUUACGUCUUUAAGUGUACCGGGUACGCAUUUACAAUGCAAUCCUAAAGAUUAUGCAAUAGAUGAUAGUUCUUUAACUUUGCGAGAAGCGAUACAGCUACGUAUGCAAAGGGCUUAUAUCAUCUGGAGCGGUUUGGGUAUGUCCAUACAGGGUGUUCGUACAUGCGGAGAUUAUAUGUUUAGUGGUCACACGGUAGCUUUAACAUUGUUAAAUUUUUGUAUAACGGAAUAUACACCUCGCCAUUUAUAUUUCCUGCAUACUCUAACAUGGCUUUUGAAUAUGUUUGGCAUAUUUUUUAUCUUGGCUGCCCAUGAACACUACUCUAUUGAUGUGUUUGUGGCUUUUUAUAUAACAUCCCGUUUAUUCCUUUAUUAUCAUACGUUAGCUAAUAAUCAAGCUUUAAUGUCACGCGACUCGUCUCGCACACGUAUCUGGUUCCCAAUGUUUAGCUAUUUCGAGAGUUCAGUGGUUGGUAUUAUACCCAACGAAUACGAUGGCCUAGGCGAAAUUUUUGACAAAUUUUUACUCACCAUUAUUGAUCUAAAGGACAUGUUCAUAUUUACUGCGAAUCGUAUUUGGUUGGAGGCGCCAAGCAUAGCCAUAAUAACUUCAAAUGUUUCAAAUACUGAAUAUGGAUCGCAUCAAAACUCUGAUGAAAAUAAAGUUUAUAAUGGCGCCACAUCGAGGACGUGGCAAAGGCCUAUAUCGUCUGCAGAUAGCGAAAAUGUUGCUGGAGGUGAGAUUGAAAAAUCUUCAGUACCCUUGAAGCUCGUUACGCGGAAAGAUGCGUCUAGAAAAACUUCAUUGGCAGUACAGAAAAUUGAUAGGGCUACGCGAGAAAUGGAUGCAAUCGCAACGAAUACGGAAACGGAAACAGAAACAUCGCAACUAAAUUCCUUAAACGUGCAACCACCGGAUGUUUCUAAGAAGCUUGUAUAAUAAUUAUUCAAGUUGAAAAUCAACACAAAAAAAAGAAAAACGCAAAACAAAGUUAGAAAGAAAUUUUUUUUCCGUAGUAUUACAUAAACGCUACAGAGAUACUCUGUAGGUAAAAUUUAAAGUUUUAUAAGUUAUUUA